CUCAGUCUGGGUAGGGAUGUGGCGCCAGACUACCCGGGCGAACACAAACAAAUUCAUGACAGUAAUCAUUAAAUAGCGUCUCCCGUCCUUUGUUUUAUCGUAAAUCAAUAGGGAAUUUCUGUUUGUUGCUCCAAUCUGAGUUGAAAAAGCGUCAAUCAAAGGAGACAUGCCGCGCACACGACAGAGGCCGUUGACUGGGAGUGUGUCUGAUGGAACGGAAGACUCCGACUCCUCGGCUGAACGGGAGCAGACCAACAGCUCAGAGAGCGAUGGAAACAUGCCCAAGAGACAGCGCCUCACCAGAGCUUCUACCCGCCUCAGCCAGAGCUCUCAGGACACUCCGGAUCUGAAGCGUGCUGCAGACCAUGAUGAAUCGCCACCGCUCACACCCACAGGAAACGCCCCGUCCUCUGAGUCCGAGCUGGACAUUUCCAGCCCCAACGCGUCUCAUGACGAGAGCCAAUCCAAAGAUCAGGCCAACAGGGACUCGGAUAAGGACCUGUCCCAUCGACCCAAGCGCCGGCGCUGCCAUGAGACAUACAACUUCAACAUGAAGUGUCCGACGCCCGGCUGUAAUUCCCUUGGCCACCUCACUGGGAAACACGAGCGCCAUUUUGCAAUAUCAGGGUGUCCUCUCUACCACAACCUCUCUGCUGACGAGUGCAAGGUGAAAGCCGUCAGCCGUGAGAAACAGGAAGAGGAGAUGAAGACGCAGGACGAAGGCAAUUCACGGCACGCAACUCGCCACCAGACGCCAACGCCCAAACAGAGCAGAUACAAGGAGCAGGUCGCUGAGAUGAGGAAGGGUAGAAACUCUGGGCUGCAGAAGGAACAGAAGGAGAAGCACAUGGAACAUCGGCAGACGUACGGCAACACCAGAGAGCCUCUGCUGGAGAACAUCACCAGCGACUACGACCUGGAGCUGUUCAGGAAAGCUCAGGCCCGCGCAUCUGAAGACCUGGAGAAGCUGCGUAUCCAGGGUCAGAUCACCGAGGGCAGCAACAUGAUCAAAACCAUCGUGUUUGGCCGCUACGAGUUAGACACCUGGUACCACUCGCCCUACCCUGAGGAGUACGCGCGCCUGGGCCGCCUCUACGUCUGUGAGUUCUGCCUGAAGUACAUGAAGAGCCAGACCAUUCUCAGGCGACACAUGGCCAAAUGUGUGUGGAAGCAUCCUCCAGGAGACGAGGUCUACAGAAAGGGCUCUAUAUCUGUGUUUGAAGUGGAUGGCAAAAAAAACAAGAUUUACUGCCAGAACCUGUGUUUACUGGCCAAGCUCUUCUUGGACCACAAAACCCUUUACUACGACGUGGAACCUUUCCUCUUCUACGUGAUGACAGAGGCCGACAACACGGGCUGCCACCUCGUGGGCUACUUCUCUAAAGAGAAGAAUUCCUUCCUGAACUACAACGUUUCCUGUAUCCUCACCAUGCCGCAAUACAUGAGGCAGGGAUUUGGCAAGAUGCUCAUCGAUUUCAGUUACCUGCUGUCCAAAGUGGAGGAGAAGGUGGGCUCACCGGAGAGGCCUCUGUCCGACCUGGGCCUCAUCAGCUACCGUAGCUACUGGAAGGAAGUGCUACUCAGAUACAUGCACAACUUUCAGGGCAAGGAGAUUUCCAUCAAAGAGAUCAGUCAGGAAACGGCAGUGAAUCCGGUGGAUAUUGUGAGCACCCUGCAGUCCCUCCAGAUGCUCAAGUAUUGGAAGGGGAAGCACUUAGUACUGAAACGACAGGACCUGAUCGACGAGUGGAAAGCGAAGGAGAUCAAACGAGGUAACAGCAACAAAACCAUCGACCCGAGCUCGCUAAAAUGGACGCCUCCCAAAGGGACAUAAAGCACAACACCCUCAGGCUACUGAACCUUCACUACCAGCCUCCAAAACCACAAGUAGCCUAAGACCUUUGACUCGUCGGUGAAGAUCAGUGUUACUUUUCUUUUACUCGUGUAUCCAGAUCAUUUCUCUGCAUCUUUUUAUGUCCGUUUCUAGUCACAGAAUCAUGAGCUGAAGCAUUUACAGCUAGAGGAAGACUUUUGUGUUUUUAAAGGGCCUUCAUCUCACUUUGUUGUGAAUGUUAGAUGAGUUGACCUGGUCUGGUGGAGAGACAUGAAUGUUCCACUCUGCUCACAGAUGAAUUGAAUACAUAAAGACAUUUGGCAGCAUUUCCAGAUUUUUUUUAAUUUUUAUUAUUAUUACUAUUUUUUUCAAAUAAUGUGCAUCAUGAAGAUGAUAGUUAUUCCUGUUUGGCAUGAUUGGAGAAACAAAAAAAAGCAGGGUGAAUUUUUUUUUUACUAAAAAAUAUUUUUUAUAGUCUUUGGUUGUUGUAAACGUUGUAUAGAUGUUUUUCUUUUUCCCCCAUGUGUCUGAUUAGUACAAGAAGUGUAUCCAUUCCUUUAGGGAACCUGCAAAAUAAAUGGGGAAAAAAAAAAAAUCAGAUUUUUAAUUUGCUUAGAGAGGGAAAAAAAAAAAUAUAUUGAAAGUAAGCCAAGCUCAGGUUUUUUGUAUUGCUCCGGUCAUACCCUGCUGGGACGGUUCUUCUGGAUGCUGGAUCUCUCUGGUUGCUGCAGAAGGAUUCACGCCGCUCACAGACUCUGAAACAAACAGAACGCAACUGAACGGGACCACAUGCGCUUGGUGAGCCGCAUCGCUUCUACGUGUUCGUCCGCUUUUUAAAACCGUCUCCACCAAUAAAGCUGCCUUGAUAUUUUCA